AUGGAAGCGGCUUCGAAUCCUUUUGAUCGAGCUACGGGAAGAGUUCGAGGAAGUUUGAACAUGUUGGAUAUUCAGAGAAAAGUUGAAUGGGUUCAAGUUAGCGGAAAAUGGACAAGAAUGUCGGUGAGUUCAGAUUUUUUUGUUGAUAAAAAUUUGGGAAAGAGAGACUUGUUUUCUAACCAGGAAGUCAGAAGUUUGUAGAAAUUCAACAGAAAUAAGCGUGAACUUUUCGAAAUUGAAUGACUCAAAAUCAUCAAAAAUAUUUCAUCAUGAUUCGAAUUGCUAGAAAAUAUGUUUUGAUUUUGGAAAAAAAAAAUUGAGAAAAUUUUUUGUGAUACCGAAAAAAUGAAAUGAUUUGAUCUAGUGGGACGUUCGAAAUGUUUUUAUUUUAUAAAGAUUUUUAUCAAACAUGGGAGAUUUUUGAGAACGAAUUUAAAGAACAGAUGAAUAAUUUAUUUUCUUAAAAUUCAGAUGAAGAUCAAACAUCUAUGAGCGUGAAAUCAGAAAAUUCUGAUUUUUUUGGUGUUGUUAAAAAUCAUAUUAUUUGCCGUAAUUUCAGCAAACUUUUUUUCAGAAACAGUUUUUGAAACUCGAAAAUCAGUCAAUGUGAAAAAUGAAUUUUUUUGCUAGGAACUCAAAAUUUUUAGUUUGGUUUAGACACAUUUGUUGUUGUAAAAAUAAAAAAAGAACAUUCUAAAUGUUUUUUUUUUUGGAAAUCUUAUCAAAUAAUGUUUUUAUCAAAAAACAUAUAUUGGUUCUCUCAAAUAAAAAAAUAAUGUUUUCACAGAUCAUGGGACUUUCGUUGUCACCAGAGAAUCUGGUGCGAGAAAACAAAGGAGAAAGCGAGGAUCGAAUAAUAAUAUUCAUGAUUCCCGGAAAUCCAGGAAACGAUGGAUUAUAUUCCGAUUUCGGAAGACGAGUUAUCCGAAAUCUGAUUGGAAGAGAAGAACGUUUAGGCGAUCGAAAAAUACAAUUUAUUUUCUACACUGUUUCCAAUUUGAAUCAUGUUUUACUUCCACCAGAAUUAAGAGGAUCUUCAACACAUCGAGUAACUGGUUAGUUUCCCAAGAGAAUAUCUGAUGUUUAACCCAAUCACACGAGUUUUUUCUUUGUUUGUUUUAGAUCGAUUUAGUUUGGGUGAGCAAGUGCAACAUAAAUUAGAUUUUGUCAAAGAAUAUCUCCCAAGAGGUCAACGUGUUUAUAUGCUUGGACAUGGAAUGGGAGCAUAUAUGUUGCUAAGGUAACAUUGGGAGAAAUUUGAUGAACAAGGGGAAAAUUAUGUAAAGUAUAAAGAAAAAAGAGAAAUGAGAAAGCUUUUAAUUAAAUCCAAAAGGUUUCCAAAAUACAUUUUUGUUUUCUUUGUUUAAAGGUUUCUCUAUACUUUAAUUUAGGCGGAACUGAAAUUCUGGAAAAAAUUUCGUAUAUAUUUUCCGCAGAAAAAAAUGAUCCUUAAAAUAUUCCAAAGUUCUGAAUUCAAACCAACCCUUCAAGAAUUUUCAGCAUUUUGCCGUAUAUCAAAGAUGAUUUUCAUUUGCGAAAAGCUGUUUGCCUUUUCCCAGCAAUCGAGAGAAUAUCUGAAACUCCCAAUGGAAUACGAUUGCGGAAGUUUAUAUCGGUAUGAAAUUUUUUUUCAGAUUUAAAAAAAUUGGGCGUGGCCUAAAUUAGCUAUUCAUUACAAUGAAUCACCAAAAAUUCACAAUAAAAUAGAAAAAAAAACAAAGAAAAAAAAAUAUUAAAAAAAAAUUUUUGCAGACAUUGACAACGAAUGAUUGGUUAGCAAAAUCACUCUCCUUCUGGAUUGAUUUGCUGCCCGAGUCAACAAAGAAAAAUAUAAUUAACAUGAAAUUAACACCUGAUCAGGUAAGUCAAUUAUGACGUCAUAAAGUCUCGCGCCAAUGAAAAAUGAUAUCAUUUUAGUCAUACCCUGAACUUGUUGAUUCAAUAACUGAAUUGCUGCAUAUGCAUGUUUUUCGAAAUGUUUUGCAUUUAUUCAAUGAUGAGCUUGAAAAAAUCAACAAUCUUGAUGAAAAUUUGCUGUUUCACAAGGAUUUGAUAUACUUUUAUUAUGGGUUGAAUGAUGGUUGGUGUCCAAUUGCACAGGGAGAAAAAAUGCAAGAAAAACUAGCGCGUGGACAUGUUAUCUUUGAUAAAACUGCGUGUGAAUCAUCGUUUGUGUUUCGAGAUUCAACAACUAUGGCUGAACAAGUUCUUCAAUUUAUUGUUUAA